AUGGAUCAAGAAAUGGGUGUCAAAGUGUACAAUGCAACUACACCAGCAGAGGAAGGAGGAACAAACAAGAACCCGCAACAGAACAAGCGUCGUGCGAUGAUGGCAAAGGGUGUUCAGAAAACUCUAUCCAAAACCUCUCUCCUCGGAAACUUCCUUCCGACGGGCACUCUCCUAACCUUCGAGAUGGUGCUGCCUUCCAUCUACAAGAACGGACAGUGCAGCCAUGUGCAGACGCUCAUGAUCAACUUCCUCCUCUCUGUCUGCGCCCUCUCCUGCUUCUUCUUCCACUUCACCGACAGUUUCCACGGCCCUGACGGAACCCUAUACUAUGGCUUCGUCACCACGCGCGGCCUCUCCGUCUUCAAGCCUUCUCUCCCCGCCGUACCUGUGCCGAGCGACGACAAGUUCAAGAUGGGCUUCACCGACUUCGUCCACGCCGUUAUGUCCGUGAUGAUCUUCGUGGCCAUUGCUGUUUCCGAUCACAGGGUCACCAACUGUCUGUUCCCUGGGCACGAGAAGGACUUGGAGCAGGUUAGGGAGAGUUUUCCUCUCUUGGUGGGACUCCUUUGCAGUGGCUUGUUCCUCGUCUUUCCCAUUUCCAGACAUGGCAUUGGUUGCAUGUCUGCCUAGUUCCUUCUCUUCCUUUCUUUUAAA